AUGGCACCACAUGACUUUGUUGAAAUUCGACUUGUCUGCAAAGCUGAUUAUCUUGACCCACAAUUAAAAAUAAAAUUGAAUGAAAUAAAAGAUAGAUUACGAGAAAUACUUCACACUGGUCGAAGAAAAUUUGCAUUAAAAAAAGUGCAGCCGUGGAAUAGCGUUAAAGUUACUUUUGAUAUUCCGAAAGAGGCAGCUGAUCGAUUACAUUUACUUGCUGUGCAAGGAAAUGUGCGCCUCGUUGAACUCGGAAUACUCAGUGUUGAAAUUGUUGGACAAUCAAAUGCAAUUGUAGUUAAUAAUAAUUCUAAUUCUAAUACUACUACUACUACUACUACUACUACUACUACUACAGCCAAUAAUAAUAAUGCAUCAACGACAGCUAAUCCAACAACGAACAGUAAAGAUGUAUCUAUAUCAUCAUCAACAAUCCCAACAACAAAAAUUUCAAUUGAUUCUCUUGAAUCAACUGUUCAUACAGUUGCAUCAAAUAAUUUUCUAUAUGAUAAUAAAAUUGAUGAUCAUCGACCAAAACGUGUAAAAAUAGAAAAUGGUAAUGAUCAGCAAACUUAUUCAACAAUGAAUAAUUAUUCAUAUAAACCUUCAACAACGGUUAAUCUCAUGCAACCACCGCCACCAUCGUCGACAAUGGUCCAUUCUGCUAGUCAUUAUAUAUCUCAGCCAAAUCCACAAAUUAUUCAUCGACAACCGCCGACACCAACGAAUAAUUAUGGACGAAUAUCUUACCCACACAGUAUUUCACCAACACUUCCUCCCACUUAUUUAAACAGUGGCAAACCUCCUCCUCCUUCUUCUUCGUCUUCUUCUGUGGUUCCUUCCAAUCUAUAUCAAACGCCAUCAAUAAUUGAUAAUAAUAAUUCAACAUUAUCGAACGGAAUUGGAAAUGAUAUGCAUAAUUAUCAUCAUCAUGAUUCUUGGUCAAAUUAUGUUGAUCAUUCGAAUAAUUAUAAAAUGAAAGUUAAUGGUGUACUGUCAAAUCAUUAUUAUCCUCAACAGCAACAAUUAAUUUUAUCGGAUAGUCCAUCAUCAUCGAAUAUGUAUUGUACCCAACAACAACAACAACAACAGCUACCACAACAAACACAAUAUGAUAUGAGAAGAUGUGAGACGAAUAUGCCACAAAUGACAACAACAUCAACAACAAAUAUACAAAAUUCAUAUGAUGGUUCGUCAACUGGUUUAUCAUCUUGA